AUGCUUGCGUUACUGCUACUGCUUUACCAUGCCGCAGCGAAAGGUGUUUCAGACAACCCACAAGAUACCUAUAUCAUCGAAAAGAUAGUUUCAUGCCCCGACGUCGGCUACUAUUUCAAACGAGACUUACGUUGGAACGCGAUCGAGCCCGCAUGUCGCUUGUGUUUCUGUCGGGACAAUGGCACGGCGGUCUGCUGGCGCCGAGAGCUUAGAAGGUGUGACGUUCAGCACUACCACCAUUUCCGGGACAAAAAGAGGGACAGAAUACGUAGGAGUCCCGGACUCGCUGAAGUUUUCUUUCGUGAUGCUGCGAAGGAUGUUUUCAACAAAAACACUUCAGAGGAGUGCAAGCCGUAUGAAUCCAGCUACAGCAAAGGAUGCCCACCAGCGGACUGGUGCCUCGGCUGUACAGUUUGUGAUUGCGACGCUAAUGGUAGGUGGGACUGCCACACCCUGAGCUUCUGUACCGAUGAUAAGGGAAAGAAAAAAAUGAGGAAUAAAAUUACGAAACCUCAAGCACUAAAGAAAAAAGCUCCUACUACAAUAAAAAAACAAAAACCUGAAACAUCAAAGAAACCAAACAAAUAUCACCCACCAAAAAAUAUUAUCAAGGCAAAAGGAAAACAACUCAGUCAAAUCAAUGAGCCAGCUAAGUCGCAAAGUAAAUUUACAAAAAAACGAAAUAAACCUAAGAAUCUCACAAUAAAGAAAGCAAAAGCACCAGUUUACAAAAAGAAGCCAACUCCAAAAAGCAAUGAAAAAUCUAACUCUAAAAUAAUUAAAAAAUCUAUGCAACCAUCAUCUGUGCAAAUUGUUAAAGGAAAUACUAAAACUUUGAAAGAUAAUGAGGAGGUCAUCAGGGAUAUCGCUCAUACAAUUUACAAAAAAGUUAUGGAUGCUGUGGAGAAAAUUGUGAUGGACAGUAAGAAAAAUAUAUCUCACAAAAAAAAUUUACAAAAACAACACUGCUUACAUAAGGGUAAAAGAAGUAAGAGAGAGAUUACAAGCAUGAUUUCAACUGCAACUGACACUAAUACAACAGAAGAAUCUUUCGUAUACCAAUCCUUUGAUAGUGGUGUAAUCAAAAAAAACCGUAAGCAAAACUUAAAAAUUAACUUGACAUGGAAAAAACAUUUGGUCAGGACUUUAUGUAAUAAUUUCGGAUUUUGUAAAAUAGACCUUCACAGAAAAAAUAUAUCUUCGAAAAUUUAUGCAUUAAAAGCAGAAAGUAAUAGAAUAAUGAACUCGAUUAACGGUAUCAAAGGGAUUUUAAACUUACUUCAAAUACAUAGAAUAAAAAAUAAUAAUUUGGUGAAUCUACAUAAACAAUUUAUAAAAAAUGAUAUCGAAAAAUUACAUGCAAUAGUCAAAGAUAAAUCCGAACAAUAUAACUUAAAAGACUUAACACAGACACAGAAGGUCCAAGUUGCAUAUAUUAAGCAAAAUCACAAAAUAUUCACACAAUCAAUGGAAAAUUUUGCACACAUUCUUAAUGACAUUGUACGAACCAAACCAAGUCGUAUAAUUUUCCAUCCGAAAGUGUUAGAUCAUUAUUUUAUAAAUCCUAAUAAUCACAGAGUCAUAAAGGCCACUAAGGUGAAUGUAAAUAAAAAUAUAACGAUUGAACAAAAGUUAGAUAAAAUAAAGGCACUUUUAUUAAACUACAAUUUAGUUCAAAAUAAAUUCAUGAAACGAAUGUAUGAUGUAAUAAUGUCGUUAGAGAUUCAGAGAAAUACGACUAAAUAUAAAGAAAAACAUACGAAAGUAAAUAAUGAAAUUAAAAAUAACGACAAAGUUGCAUUAGAAGUUUAUACGAAAAAUAUAAUCGAAAACCUGAGAAAAUUGAAAAAUCUGGCACAAAAAUUCGGUAUUAAGAACAGACCUAAAAGAGAAGCCAUGGAAGACGAUGGUCUUGUAGAAUACCUUUUAAUAUUAAUGGAAUAUUUGUUAAAGCAGAAAAAACAGUUAAGGAUAUCUCCAGUUAGCGAUGGUAUAGAUUUAUUGAUAAAUGCCAUCAAAAGUGCGCCUGACAUUAAAGUUUCGAGGAAAAAAGUACUUGAGUAUGUUCCUGCACGAGUAGAAGAAGAGACUACAGAAUCUAUUUUAACAUUGCCAAAUGCUAUCAAAAUGGAUGAAACUAAUAACACAGCUAGUUAUGCAGUGCCUAAAUUUAAAACAUUUGAAUCAAUGGAUGAAGAUGAAGAAAAUAGUGAUUAUUAUCAAUAUUAUAAAAAGGAACACAAGAGUAAUAACUUUAACGUAAAAGAAAUGCCUGAAACGGAAGACACAGUAUAUUUUUCCACUACCCAAGAUACAGUUAUCAGUUUAUCUAAUAAUGAAAAGAAUAACGUAGUGAAAGAAAACGGUAAAGGGUAUGAACUAUUUACGGAUGAACCAGAAGAAGAUGAUGGAGAUGUUCUAACUACGACUAAACCACUAGAUAUAAUAAGUAAAUCAUUAACACACCAUAUACCAACGAGAAUACCUCUUGGGAUUUUGGAAAAUGGACAAUCAACGUCCAAACAGGCUAAUGAUGCACAUAUUCAUAAUAGUAGGAUAAAGUUAAGUUGGAUAGAAGAAAGCUAUAACCAAGAAGAAGAACGUAAAGAACUUCCUAGAUUUACAGAAACUACUACUCAAAAGCAGUCACCAACACAUGCAGCGCUAGUACUUUUCACCAGAACUAGAGUAAAUAAAAAGGCGAAAUUAAAUAAAUACGACGAUCCCAUAAGUAGUAUAUCAAAAGAAAUAACAGAUGAAGAAUCAAAAAGAACUAAAUAUUUUAAUUCAGAAUAUGUAAUGUAUAAGAAACAAAUGAAUUUUUUAAAUUCUCUGGAUUAUGGGACGGAAAAAAUAGAUAUAGAUGGAGAUUCGAAAGAAGAUAAACCUAACGUGGAACAGUUUCCUUUGUAUUUUGUUUGAAGUGUUUUAUCAUUUUAGUACAAUAAUUGAUGGUGUAAAAAGUUACACCUCAGAAUGAUUGCAAUUAAUUUUAAGAUUUUUGUACUUAGACUUAUCACUAUUUAUAAGCGUUUAUAUCGUUAUUAA